GUUUUCGAUUGCCAAAGAGGCAAAGAGUAAAAAGCUGUCAUUCAAGGAUUUCUUUCAUGAAGGAGGAUUUCUUUCAUUUGUAGCUAGGUAAGUAUCGCUUCCGUUUAAUAAUUAUUACAUUGGUAAAUGGAAAGGAUAUGGCUUUGUCUCUGGAUGAAUGACAACAAGCAAUAUUUCAAAUAAAACCCAAAAGGCAAAAGAUAACAAUCAAACUAAGAUCAAAUGAGGAGAAGUUGGUGAUGGAGGGAUUGGAAUAUCAGCAGUUCCUUCUAACAUCAGGAUAACAUUCUUGAUAGAAGGCCUUGCAUCUGGAUCAUCUUGAAUGCACAGCAGUCCGACUUUCACCAUCUUCUCCAACAUGUUGACAUCUACUUCUUCAUCUCCCGUGAGCCUACUCCAGUCUUUGUCUAUAAAACAAUUGUAAACCCAAGUAGAAAGAACAUCUAUCUCCAUACUAUUUCUGCAACACAAAAUCUCCAGAAGUACAACCCCGAAGCUGUAGAUAUCCACCUUGGUGGAGAUUAACGUGUUCUUGUGCCACUCAGGUGCCAGGUAUCCUCUUGUUCCCCUAUCACGAUCACCACUGACACUCAAGAGGGUUCCGCUCUGAUUUGACCUCAAUAGCUUUGAUAACCCAAAAUCAGAGAUCUUAGCAGUCCAAGCCUCAUCAAAGAGAAUAUUAUGAGGCUUUAUAUUGCAGUGUAUUAUACGAGCUUCACACUCGUCGUGAAGAUACUACUGUUUGAAGAGACGGGCGGGUCAUCACGAUUUGCAGUCCAAACAACUAUGUUUUCUGGCUUGCCUGCAAGCCAUAUCCCAACCGCAUAACCGUCAUCUUGCUGGAAGAAACCAAAUGCAAAAUGGCCAGAAGGAGAGAGCCAUGAAGGGUUUGUGUCUGGGAUCAAUGAGGAACCUAAGGUAAUACUAUUAGAGGAGGUGAAGUCAGAUCCUUGGGUAAUUACUAAAAUAAAGAAUAGUCUUAGGAAGAUAAGUAACAUGAAGGCCAUAUUAUUUAGAGAGGUGAGAUCUAGUGAGAUGCUACAAGAGCACCAAAUCAGCAAAAAUGAUAGAUCGAUAUUUUUAUCUUGAGACCUAAAUAUAUUUACUACCAAUGUACAAGAAUUCAGUCAUGUCUAUUCUAAUCCAGAAAGCGUGUGGAAAAAAAUGUGACGAUUCAUGGUCCACAACCAAUAUUCGCGAUGAAAAGUAGACAACACUCACAUCAGCAUGGAAAAGGAACUCACGAAAUGGAUAUGUGAUAACAACGGGGCUUCUUUACAUAAAAACCAAACAUGAGUAGCUGUCACUAGGGGUAGGAUAAAAAAUCGAAACAACCGACGGUUUGAUAUAUUUUUAUAGUUUAUAUCUAUAAAUUAAUAUUUUAUAUUUUAAUUAAUAGAUUAGUUACUAAAAGACUUUUUCAUUAUUCAUUAUUUAAUUAUUGACCAUUAAUUAUAAAUCUAUAAUUAUUUAUAUAUUGUAUAAAAAAGCAACAAUUAAUUGGUCGGUGUUUCAAAUUCGUAAAUUUGAAGUUGUCAUAAGACCUUUUCCGUUGAUGGUCUUACAGGACUUGUAAAAGUAUCCCUCAUCUAGCUUCAGAUGUGUUAUAUAUAUGUCUCGUUUUUGCGGUGUAGUUUUAGAACUAAAAAGUUGGGAACUUAAAAUGGGAUAUGUGGAUGUAAUGUUUACGUUUUCCUAGCUUCUUUGGUCUUAGCUGGUGUUUUUCUGAUAAGGAAAAGAAAAUUAUAAGGCGAAGACUUGUACGAAGACUUAUUACGAGAAAACUCGCUGGUCAUUUAAUUUGAAUGGAAAAUAGGAAGAGAGAGAAUUAGUGGUGUCUGUUGGUAUGAUUUCUUUCAAAUAAUUGAAAGGAAAUGCUCCAAACCUGCCAGUGCUCUCGUCUCUCGUCUUCACAGACAAAGGUUGAUGGAGGAUCCAUUGACUUGGGAUCCUCACUUGUCGCUGGUACACAAUCUACGAAUGCAUGGUACUCCCAGUCUAAAAUGUUUGCAUUUGGGUUUUAUCAACAAGGCACUGGCUAUGUGGUCGCAAUCUGGUUAGAGAGCUCCGGAGAAAAUACGGUUGUGUGGACUGCUUAUCGAGAUGAUCCACCCGUUUCACCAAAUGCCAUACUAACACUUACUCGUGAAGGAGAAUUGGUUUUAAGCUGUGAGCAUGGUGGGGUUAAAAAGACUAUUGCAGCCAACGUUUCAUCUGCAGUGAUGAACAACACUGGAAAUUUUGUACUCUACGAUGAUAAAAUGGGUGUAAUAUGGCAGAGUUUCAACCAUCCUACCGAUACUUUGUUACAAGGCCAGAGUCUUUUUGGUGGGAAUGAAUUGGUUUCGAGUGUGUCUAAAACCAAUUACUCUAGUGGACGCUUUCAUAUUAAGAUGCAGAUGGACGGUAAUCUUGUUAUGUAUCCAAUGAACACGGGGGAUGGCCCAGAAAAUUCAUACUGGGCUUCUGAUACCGUUCAGUAUGAUAGGAUUUCGAGCAACUAUCUGCACCUGAAUGAUACAGGCUUACUGAUUAUCAAUGGAAGGGAUUCAGACAUCAUCAAGCAUCUUUAUGCUGAACCGAAUUAUCAUAUCACAUAUCGUGUCACAAUCGGUGAUGAUGGAAUCUUACGGCUGUAUCUUUACAAGCAUAAUAACUUCCCCCCUCCCAUAGUAUGGAAAGUGCCAGAUCCUCCUUGUAAUGUGAAGAACUUCUGCGGCUUCAACAGCUAUUGCACUAUGAAUGAUGAACAGCCCUAUUGUGUUUGCCUGCCGGGUUAUGAUUUUGUAUACCCCGAUUUGAAGUCUAGGGGCUGUGAAAGGAAUUUCACAAAAGCAAUGUGCAAAAGCGGGAAAGAAAACAUUACAUAUUACAACAUGGUUCCCAAAGAGCGAUUAGUGUGUGAUGAUCGUCCUUACGUUGUAUUCAGUCCCGACAACAAGGAGGGCUGCAGCGACUCCUGUUUGGAGGAUUGCAAUUGUGAUGCAGCUUUUUUCAGUAAUAGUAACUGUGAGAAACACAAGUUCCCACUUAGGUACGUGAAAAGAGUUUACGAUGAUUCCACCACGCCUAUGAUGUUCUUCAAGACGCCCAAUGUAAGCCUUUAUAAUGUCCAAGCCAAUGCAUCCAUUAAUGCUACUUCUUUGGAGCCCACACAGAGGAUGGAGAAAGUGCUGACCACAGGCAAGAAGACAUGGCUUAUAAUUCUUUUUAUGAGCGUUGGUUUUUCCAUAUAUUCAUGCAUUUCGCUAAGUUUGACGGGAUAUUUCGUAUUCAAAUUCCGUCUUCUAAAGUACAAAAGAUUGCUGGAAACUAGAAGUUUGGGAUUAGCGGAGGACCUCAUCCUGCAAUCAUAUACUUACAAGGAGCUUAAAAAGGCAACCGAUGGGUUCAAGCAUGAGCUAGGAAGAGGGUCGUUUGGAAGAGUCUAUAAAGGGAGUUUCUACAAAGGGAACAAAGUGAUAGCAGUGAAGAGACUUGAGAAGGUGGUGGAUGAAGGUGAGAGAGAAUUCCGAGCAGAAAUGCAACCCCAAAACAUUCUGAUGGAUGAUUUCUGGACUGCUAAAAUCUCCGACUUUGGAUUGGCCAAAUUACUAAUGCCAGAUCAAACAAAGACCUUCACCAUCGUUCGAGGAACUAGAGGGUACUUGGCACCCGAGUGGCAGAAAAACAUCCCAAUCUCAGUGAAGGUCGAUAUCUUCAGCUAUGGGAUCGUGUUGCUGGAAACCAUUUGUUGCAGAAGGAACCUGGAAGUACAUGUAUCGAAUACGGAAGAGAUAGUUCUUUCUACUUGGGUUUACAAGUGCUUUGAAAGAGGGCAACUGGAUCUGCUUGUUGGUGAUGAACAAGUGGAUAUGGCGGCAUUGGAGAGGCUGGUUAAAGGAUCACGAAAAUUGCUUCUCCUCCUUGUCCAACCUCCACUUGAUUGGUUAAACUAAGGCUGAUAUGUUCAAGUUGCCUGUAUUUGAGACAUCCGAAUAUAUAAUACAUGAAGACUGAAGUUCUUGAUCAAGUAUGCUGCUUCAACAGCCUAACCCAUUUCCGACUUUAUAAAAGGUAAAGAAUUUGAGCUUUUUUAAACUACUAUAGCAAACAUGUUCAUUUGUAUGUAUAAAUUCUAUUUAUAACACUUGGUAUUGUAAUAAUAUAUAACGUGUAUUUAAACUUACAAAUAUUUUUG